ACAAGUGCUUGUCUCAGGUCAUUAGAGCCCUAGAGACAGGUCUGAUUAAGAAGGAGCAGAAAAGCAAGAUGAAUGAUGUGAAACUUGCGGUCUUGGGCAGAGAAGGGGCAGGAAAGUCUGCCCUUAUAGUAAGGUUUCUUACCAAACGAUUUAUAGGAGAAUAUGCUUCUAAUUUUGAAUCAAUUUAUAAUAAACAUUUAUGUUUGGAAGGAAAGCAACUGAAUCUAGAAAUAUAUGAUCCGUGUUCUCAACCCCAGAAAGCAAAAAUCUCCCUCACAAAUGAACUACACUGGGCAGAUGGGUUUAUUAUUGUAUAUGACAUCAGUGACAGGUCUUCAUUUGCUUUUGCCAAAGCACUGAUAUAUAGAAUCCGGGAACCACAAACAAGUCACUGUAAAAGAACUGUGGAAUCAGCAGUGCUUUUGGUUGGUAAUAAGCAAGAUCUCUGUCAUGUGAGAGAAGUUGGCUGGGAAGAAGGGCAAAAACUGGCACUGGAUAAUGGAUGCCAAUUCCAUGAACUGUCUGCAGCAGAGCAGAGACUGGAGGUAGAAAUGAUGUUUAUCAAAAUUAUCACAGAAAUCCUGACAAACUUCAAACUCAAAGAAAAGAGAAGACCCAGUGGAUCUAAAUCAGUGGCCAAAUUGAUCAAUAAUGUAUUUGGGAAGCGAAGGAAAUCUGUCUAGUAAACACACGAUACAUUCACACGACAAUUAAAUUUACUGUUGUGUUUAUUUAAAAUUAAUUCGCUUAGAGGUGUGGUAUGAUUGAGCAUGAACUGCAUUGUUUUUAAACAUACAGUUGGCCUUUAUGAUUGUAUCCUGUUCACUUCACAUUUUACCCACUUCAUGACACAAAAAUUGCACUCAGUAUAGCCCAUCAUUGGGUGGCUGUCAGGUUUGCCUUUUCAAAUAAAUUGUUGUGAUUGUAUUAAAGUGUCA